UAACGCUUCUUUCCUGAUUUGAUUUUAUUGAUGCAAUUACAUUUAUCUGAUGCUAGGUUUGGAACUCGAGUGAUUCGGUUGCGCAUGAACUCCUUUCACUUUUCUCAUUUUGUUUUCUGCGUCGAUGUUUGAAUUCUGUGUUUCAUUGCUAUUGAAUCGCCAUGGUUGAUAGUUUCAACGAUGUUAUAAUGACUUUGAUAUUAAUUAGUUCUGAAGCUUUUCAUAUACUCCUAUGAUUAAAUCUCGUUGCAGUUUAAUAGAUGAAAAGCAACAACAUAUUUUAGUGAAGCUGUAGAUUUAAGAAAUGUAGUACAGGAAUCUUGGGAAAGUUUUUUGCAGGUUUUUACUAGGUCAGAAGUACAAAAAGGCACAUAGUAAGGUUGAUCCGUACUCAAGCUUAGAUGGGAAAGGAAAGCAGUGGUAAUAUGGAACAGUGGCUGAAUAAGAUGGCUUCAGAACCAUACUACCUGUUUCAUUUCUUAUGUUUCUUCUCCUAUUUGGUUGUUCGUAGCUCUGCUGUUCAAGUGUUAACACCUCAGCUCACCCUAAGUCUUCUUCGUCGCGAAAUACUAACAGUGUUAGUGUUUGCCGUGCUGGUUGCCUUGAAGGCAGUGAGAGAAGAAACAUGGGAAGCAUUUAUAGCUGAUAUUCUUUUUCUUGCCAAGAUUUGUCUUUUUGCCCUUGCCUUUACACUGGAUCGCCGCAUAGCUCUUUGGUAUAUUCUUGUAUUUCUAGUGAUACAUAUGCUAACACAGCAACCUCCAUCUGAAGGACUAGGUGCCUCUACCAAGCUAACACCGUUGCAGUUAGAAGGCCUGUUGACAGAGGGGAGCACAUCAAGAUUAUGGCUAGUAGAAUUUUGUGCUUCAUAUUCAUCUUCUUGCAUUCGCUCAAGUCGGCAUUUUCCUGAGCUCUCAAUUACAUAUUCAAACAAAAAUUUAUCAUUUGGGAUAGUUGAUCUCGGACUCUUUCCAAAUGCUGCUGAAAAAUUUGGAAUAUCUCUUAGUGUUAUUUUAUCAGAAAUAUGGCAUUUUAUGAAGUCUUCUGACUGUCAGGAUUCAUGGGCCAGCUACCGACGUAUAUCUUAUUUGAGAAUGCUGCUGAAGUUGCACGCUUUCCAGAGUUGGAUUUUGAGGCAACAUUCUUUAACCCUACAAUUACUAAGGGCUUUCUUUCUCGGCAUUUCGAGCUUGAUCGGCACCUUCUCGAUUAUGUAAAUGGUAAAUAGGCAACUGCACUAAGGCUGCGUUUGGAAUGAAGGGAAGGUUGAGAUAGACAACUAAAAUUUUAAGACAUUAUCUUUUUGAGAUGCACAUUGAGACAGUGAAUUCUAGUAUCACAGAUCUAUCUUUGUCUUCGUCUCAAUGCAAUAGAAGAUAUUUGCGUUAUAAGAUAUUUAUAUAUUUUGUAUUAGGACACUAACCAAACACAACCUAAGGCUACAUUGAAUGCCAAUUUUUUAGGCUUUGUAAUUUGACUUUUUAAUUAAGGUUCAAAUCCAAAUAUCCCAGUCAUUGGGAUUUGUUGAUUUUAGAA